GUCAUAUGUCAUUGGGUGCUGUCAUCUAAAAAACAUUGUCAAGAAAUUUUUCGUGUUUUUCAAUUGUUUUUUCACAAUUUUCUGUGAAAUUCUUAUAGAAAAUCUUACCAAAAAAGAUGGGCAGAUCCCGGAGUAGAUCACCAAAGCACCGACGGAAGAGUAGUAAACACAGGAAACACAGUAAAUCACGGGAAAGCUCCAAGUCAAGGAAGCGUUCUCUGUCUGUUUCCUCCGACAGUAGUAGUGAAAUGACAUCCCACAAGAGUCACCGGAAACGCAGCAAGGAGAUUGAUCGGCUGGCGGAAAUGGAACGCCAGCGGCGACAGAAAGAUGCAGAGCAGAGGGUGAUUGAGGAAGAGGCUGCCAAGAGGAUAGAGCUUCUUGUGAAGAAACGCGUUGAGGAGGAGCUGGAGAAGAGGAAGGAUGAAAUUGAGCAAGAAGUCACGAGGCGCGUAGAGGCAGCCAAGAAAGAAAUGGAGCGAGAGAUGAUGCUAGAGCUGGAGAAACGAAGGGAGAAGGCUCGCGAAGAAGAGCGGAAACGAGAGGAGGAUGAGAGGAAAAAACGUGAGGAACUGGAAAACAUCUUAGCGGAAAAUAAUCGAAAAAUUGAGGAAGCACAGAAGAAACUCGCUGAAGAUCGACUAGCGAUUAUUGAAGAACAGAGAAAAAUGCACGAAGAACGGCAACGGAUGCGCAAAGAGCAGGAGAAACGAGCAAAGGAAGAGCAGAAAAUGAUUUUGGGCAAAAAUAAUUCAAGACCAAAAUUAUCAUUUUCACUCAAACCCGGUGUCUCGUGAAACUGUCGUCAUUUGGGCGAUAAAAAAAACCAAUCUUACCGAUUCCUCAUCAAUUUUCCCAUCAGCAAUAAGUAACUAAAUGUUCCCCUUUUUCCCCCACCCUCUCCGUCUUUUAUUCUUUCUCUAUUUUUCUUUCUCUAAUAUCUAUUUACAUUUAAAUUGUAAAGCGAUCUCGUUGAGUGCGAGCAAUUUUUUUUCUUUUAAUUUUAUUAUGCAAAAUUUGCAUCAGUUUAUUUUUUUUAAUUAACUAUACACAAUUUUAAUGUUUUGUUGAAAGAAAAAAAAAUGGAGAUUUUAAAUAUUCUCAAAGUAAAGAAUACAAAUCUUCUUAUCCACUUUCCCCACAUCUCCCUAAAUUGUGUAUAGUGAGAAAGAGAGCGCCAAAAGUAUUUCCCUUCCUCCGUUAGUAGUGAUUUUGAAUGAAAAAAAAAAGAAUAAAUAAAUAAAUCUACUAAUAGUAACAAUUCAGAGACAAUUUUGGACAAAAAAAAUGCAUGAUUUUUUUUUUAAUCACGAUAGAGCGAAGAAUUAGCUGCUACUGGCAGUGGCAUUUUUUUAAUUAAUUAAUUAACUACCUAUAUACAAUUAAAAAAAAUUCAAGAUUAAAUUUUCAAAUAUAUAUAUUAGAUUCUCCUCUAUCGUAUAUAUAUACCCACAUAUAUAGCGAUCUACCACAGAAAAAUACAAUAAAUUCUUGAAGUAAAUUGA